AUGGGCGGCCGGACCCAAGGCUUCGUCACUAACCGGCGGCUCUUGUUGUCCGCCUCAGACGCCUUCGGACGGGUCAUGUACUCGUACAAGGACGUCAGCGAGCUGGCCGGCUACACCGCCCGGGUCUCCGAGCUCUUCGACACCAUGAAAAGCAUCAAGCGUGGCCAGUACGAGAAACGCAAAGUUGGCUCCGCCAACACCGACGACUCCCAGCAAAUGCUUCAGCAGCGCUGA